AUGACACUCAACGCAGCACAGAGCGCUCUGGCCGAGAAGCCGCAGGAAACUGAUGGACCCUCCGCGCCGACCGAGAAGUCGGAGCAGAUACAAACGCAGAACGACAAACCGGCGCUUUCCCUGUCCGGUCUUCAGUUCUUUAUCGCCGAUAUCAGCAAGAAAACCAUUUUGUGGCAUGAGGUCGGGUCUCAAAGUUUCGAUAGCGAAGUGAAGGACCUGCAGGAAGCACCUUCCAACGAGGCUUUGCGUCUCCUUUCACCGGAAGACCGCAAGACGAUCCUGCGUCUGGUGCAAGGUGCCAUACGCGAAGGACAGGCCGGACCAUUUGAUGUCGGCGGAGGUCCCGACCACAGAAUUCCGGGUGUUCCCAUCGUUGCGUACCGUUAUGAAUUGCCGGACGGACGCAUCCUUGCAAUCUGCUUUCCGUCAAUCGGGAAAACUGAAGACAAUCCGGCGCAGAUCGCGCUCGGGCUUUCGCCGAUCCUGCAGCACUUCGUUGCCUCGUCCUCCCGGAUCGUUCUGCUGGCGGACAAUUUCGGCUAUGUGCGUUUCGCCAGUGACGGAUUCCUGAAGAGCUUUCAGAUUGAAGAUGCGCGCCUGAUCCUGGGCCGAAACAUCUCCCAUAUUCAAAACCGUGUCGGACGCACAAUUGUAUCCCUGGUGCUGGCAUCGCUAUCCCGGCGGGCGAGUGCGACAGGACGCGGCAAGUUUCUGAUUACGGCCAGCGAAGGUCUCGAUCUGAAUUACGAUGCCAUGUAUUUUCGCAUGGGCGGGACCGUGGGAGGUGUCCUGUUUUCCGCAGGACACGUCGGCGGCGAUGUCGAUUUCGCUCAGGUCUUCGAGAUUUGCAGCGCGCCGAUGCUCGUUGUCAACACGAAGACGCGCAUGAUCAUUGCCGCCAAUCAGUCCGCGAUGAAAACCUAUAAUUUGACUCCGGAAAGUCUGGAUGAAAAGGCAAUCACCGAUUCUCUGCUUCAAGCCGAUGAUUUUCAGUCUUUGCUCGGCUCUGCCAAGCAGGAAUCCGACGUGCCGAUUUCCGUUCCCGUAACAACUUUGAACGGUCAGACAAAAAAGAAGAGAUUCAAGUGCAGCCUCAUCGAUGAGAACAAGGAUGAGCCGAAGCUCAUCCUUGAGACGCGAAGCUGA